AUGUCCAUCAUACCCAAUCAUUCAUCAAUUUCUACGAAUAAUAGAUCAAUCAAUCAACUAUCCUCACAAUUAGCUCAAUCUAAUAUACAAAAUAAUAAUUACUUACAACAACAACAGCUGCCCCAACAACCGCAACAGCAUCAACAACAACAACAGCAUCAACAACAACAACAACAACAGCAUCAACAACAACAACAACAACAGCAUCAACAACAACAACAACAACAGCAUCAACAACAACAACAACAACAGCAUCAACAACAACAACAACAACAGCAUCAACAACAACAACAACAACAGCAUCAACAACAACACCAGCAUUCUCUGCAUCCUCAAAACCCACCUAUUAUAAAACGAAAGUCUGCAAGAGAUUAUCAAUUUGGUGCAAAAAUAGGUGAAGGAUCUUAUUCAAGUGUAUAUUCAGCAAUUGAUAAACAAUUAAAUAAAACUUAUGCAAUAAAAGUACUUUCUAAAAAACAUAUAGUAAAAGAAAAUAAAAUUAAAUAUGUUAAUAUAGAAAAAACAACAUUACAUAGAUUAGGUCAACAACAUCCAGGAAUAGUUCAAUUAUAUUAUACAUUUCAAGAUGAAUCAAGUUUAUUCUUUGUAUUAGAUUUUGCAGAAUAUGGAGAAUUAUUAUCAAUUAUUAGAAAAUUUGGUUCAUUAUCUGAACAAGUUUCAAAAUUUUAUAUAUGUCAAAUAAUUGAUGCAGUUAAAUUUAUUCAUCUGAAAGGAGUUAUUCAUAGGGAUUUAAAACCUGAAAAUAUUUUAGUUGGACAAGAUUUAAGUAUAAAAAUUACUGAUUUUGGAGCUGCAAAAUUAUUAGGAGAAAAUGAUGAAUAUGGAGAAAAAAUUGAUUAUACUUCUUAUGAUAAAAAUGAUGAUGAAAUUAAUACUUCAAAUAUGAAAGAUAGAUUAGGUUCAUUUGUUGGAACUGCUGAAUAUGUAUCACCUGAAUUAUUAAAAGAAAAUAUUUGUGGAUUUGAAGCUGAUAUUUGGGCAAUUGGAUGUAUAUUAUAUCAAUUUUUCAAUGGUUCUCCUCCUUUUAAAGGAAAUACAGAAUAUCUUACUUUUCAAAAAAUUAUAGAUGUUGAUUAUACUCAUAUAUCACCAAAACCAUUACCAAAUGAUGUAAUAAUAUUGAUAGAGAAAAUAUUAGUAUCAGAACCAAGUCAAAGAUUAACAAUACCAGAAAUAAUGUCUUCUAAUUGGUUCAGAGAUGUUGAUUGGAGAGACGAACGUUAUAUUUGGCAUAGAAAAGCACCUAAAUUUGAAAGUUAUAAUUCAAAUGGUUCAAUUCAACAUGCUCCAGUAACUUUUAAAAAUGGUUCAAAUAGAAAUAUAAAUAAAUCAAAUUCAUAUCAACAAUUACAAAAUCAAAUUCAAAAUUCAGAUUUUGGAUUUUUACCUUCUGUUACAACAAAAAAAUCUUAUAAACCUCCUACUAUUAUAAGAAAAAAUACUUCUCCAACUAAAAUUAAUGAUAUAAAUAUGUCAAAUAAUUUUCAACAAAAUACACUGCCAAUUCAAAAACAAAAUAUACAACACUCAGUAUUGCCUAAUCCAGUGCGGCAACCAGCAUUCUAUCGACAACAACAACAACAAUUCAACAGCAAUAACGGUAGCAUUGGAAUUAACAACAAUAUGAAUUACAACAACGCAAAUGUAAUAAAUACUAAGUCGAACAGCAACAAUAAUAACAAUAAUAACAACAUUAACAACAUCAACAACAACAACAACAAUAAUAAUAGUAACAUUAACAACAUCAACAACAACAACAACAAUAAUAAUAGUAACAACAGCAACAAGUUUGGUAAUAAUGGUGUAAACAAUAAUAAUAGUGUUUACUACAACAACAGCAAUAGCACUAAUGGCUCUGUAAAUAGAGUCAUGGGAUCACAACCUUCUUCAGAUCCAAAUUCCCAACAGAUUAAUAAUCAAUCACCAAAUUUACACAAUAUAAGGACUAAUACAGCAUUUCAAAGCGCAGCAACUACCCCAUCUUCGUCCCAACCCCCGACAUCUCAACCCACUCAACCAGCUUCAAAUGUAAAACCUGCAUUACUGUCUCAACCAUCAUAUACUCAAUCACCACCAGUUUCAUCUUAUUUCAAACCACCAAGGAAAAGUCAAUCCCCUCAUACUAGCCCAAAAUUAGAACAACCAGAACAACAAGAUUCUGUGGCCUCAAAUGCUGCUGCGGCUGCUGCUUUUGCAAGUCAACGACAAAAACAGAAAACUUCACCAACUCCACCAACGGUCCCUAUACCUAUCAAAACUAACUCAUCAUCCAAUGUGAAAACAAUUAAAUCAAAACAAAAACACAAAACUACUAUACUUAAUUUCCGAGAAAUCACUUCAUUACUCAACCCUAAUGAGAAAAUAUUGAAAAUGGAUUUACUUCAUAAGGUAAAUUUGAGGAAAAGAAGUUUAAAUACAAAAUAUGAUAUAUUAGAUGAUUCAAUAUUGGAACAAAUUAUCACAGAGAACAAAAAUACAUUGGAUCAAGAUAAGAAAUUAGUCUUAGCAAUUGUUACAAAUAUGGCAAGAUUAUUUUUUGUUGAAUCAUCAUUAGAAGUUAUGAUGGUCGACUUGAAGGCUAACAAAGGUGCUGAUUGUUUGAUGUAUGAUUACGAAUUUGAAUCUGAUGAUGAAGACGAAGAACAAGACAAGUCUGAUGAUGUUUCAGGAUAUUUAAUCAUUGAGUUAGUGAAAGAUGGUGGAGAUUUAAUCUUCCUUGAACAAAUAAAUAAUGAAUCAAGAAACAAACUUUCAAAUAUCAUAAAAGUAGUAGAUAAAUCGAAUAGGGAAGUAUUCAUCGGGUCAGCUCAUGGAUGGAUUGAUUGCUUAUUAAUCGCUCGUGAUACUUCCUCAACAGUUGCAGCACAACGAGCUUCAAAUACAGAUCUGAAUACACAACGAAAAUCCUCGUCAUCAUCACCUGGUAUUAAUAACAAUUCAAAGCGACAAUCUAAAAGAAAACUGUCAAGCGAUAAUAAAUCAAAUAAAUCUAUAACAUCUCCAAAAAUCAAUCAACCAAACCACUUUGCAGCUGCUGCCGCUGCUGCAGUUAAUCUCUCUAAAUAG